AUGCCCCGGGAGAUCAUCACACUGCAGCUGGGCCAGUGCGGAAACCAGAUUGGGUUCGAGUUCUGGAAACAGCUUUGUGCUGAGCAUGGCAUCAGUCCCGAGGGCAUCCUCUACAACCCAGAGAACAUCUACCUGUCUGAGCAUGGAGGAGGAGCUGGCAACAACUGGGGCAGGGGAUUCUCCCAGGGUGAGAAAAUUCACGAGGACAUCUUUGACAUCAUAGACCGAGAAGCAGAUGGAAGUGACAGUCUAGAGGGAUUUGUGCUAUGUCACUCCAUUGCUGGGGGCACAGGUUCCGGUCUGGGCUCCUACCUCUUAGAGCGACUGAAUGACAGGUACCCCAAGAAAUUGGUGCAGACAUACUCUGUGUUUCCCAACCUGGACGAGAUGAGCGACGUGGUGGUCCAGCCCUACAACUCCCUCCUCACACUAAAGAGACUGACUCAGAAUGCCGACUGUGUGGUGGUGCUGGACAAUACAGCCCUGAACCGGAUCGCCACAGACCGCCUGCACAUCCAGAACCCAUCCUUCUCCCAGAUCAACCAGCUACUUUUUGAAAGCACCUGCCAGCAGUACGACAAACUGUGGAAGCGGGGGGCCUUCCUCGAACAGUUCCGCAAGGAAGACAUCUUCAAGGACAACUUUGAGGAGAUGGACAGAUCAAGGGAGGUGGUGCAGGAGCUCAUUGAUGAGUACCACGCAGCUACCCGGCUGGAUUACAUCUCCUGGGGCACCCAGGAGCAGUGAUUCCAUUCUCUCUUGUCCCAAGACAGCACAGCCGCCCCCCCCCCCCCCCCCCCCCGCACACAACCCUCUUGACACAACUUCGCCUCCCAUUUCUGAGUUCACGUCCAGUCUAGGAACUGUCCCUAUCUCUUCUUUUCAUUCCUGGCUCUUAACUGGCUUGCUUGGCUCUAAUAAAACUUGAUGAUGAAUUCA